AUGGAGGGCAUUAUCCCGUGGUCCACCAGCCAUGGAGGGCAUUAUCCUGUGGUCCAGCCAUGGAGGGCAUUAUCCCGUGGUCCAGCCAAGCCAUGGAGGGCAUUAUCCCGUGGUCCACCAGCCAUGGAGGGCAUUAUCCUGUGGUCCAGCCAUGGAGGGCAUUAUCCCGUGGUCCAGCCAACCAUGGAGGGCAUUAUCCCGUGGUCCAGCCAGCUAUGGAGGGCAUUAUCCUGUGGUCCAGCCAUGGAGGGCAUUAUCCCAUGGUCCAGCAAUGGAGGACAUUAUCCCGUGGUCCAGCCAGCACCCAUAGUCCAGGGGUGGCUGAUGGCCAGAGUCAAAGCUCCCAACGAAGUCUGGACUGACAAGAGACACACCUGGCUUUUUCCGAAGACCCGGCAAAAAAGGCAGCAGCGGCCGGCAGAGGCGGGAGAGCCGCGGUCGCCAGCGGACACCCUGCGGGCCUCCCCUCCCCGGGCCCCGGGCCUCCGGCGCAGCGUCUACUUCUCCAGUCCCAAGGAGCGUGGUGUGCGGCUGGGGACGGAGUUUUUCAACCAGCCAGCAGUCCCCCUCGCCCGGGCAUUUCUGGGACAGGUCCUUGUCCGACGACUUGCCGAUGGCACAGAGCUUCGUGGCCGCAUAGUGGAGACAGAGGCCUACGUGGGGCCAGAGGAUGAAGCAGCCCACUCGAGGGGUGGCCGGCAGACCCCCCGCAACCGCAGCAUGUUCAUGAAAGCGGGGACUCUAUAUGUGUACAUCAUCUAUGGCAUGUACUUCUGCAUGAAUGUCUCCAGCCAAGGAGAUGGAUCCUGUGUCCUGCUGCGAGCACUAGAGCCCCUAGAAGGACUGGAGUCCAUGAGACAGCUUCGCGGCGCGCGCCGGAAGGGUGCUGCCGGCCGCCCCAUCAAAGACCGGGAGCUCUGCAAUGGCCCCUCCAAGCUGUGCCAGGCCCUGGCCAUUGACAAGAGCUUUGACCAGCGGGACCUGGCCCAGGAUGGGGCUCUGUGGCUGGAGUGUGGGUCCCUGCAGCCCAGUGGACCCGCUGUAGUGGCAGCAGCCCGUGUGGGCAUUGGUCAGGCAGGGGAGUGGACAAAGAGGCCCCUGCGCUUCUAUAUCCGGGGCUGCCCUUGGGUCAGUGUGGUGGACAAAGUGGCCGAGCAGGAGAUACAGGCCAGGACGUAGAGCCUACUCAGACAAGAUUUUUUAAUUGUUUAAAUGUCAAAUAAAUAUUUGCUUCUA